AUGUCGCGGCUUCUAUCAUCGGCGCUCUCGCUGCGUCGCGAUCCUCGUAUCUUGAAGCUACCCCCUUACUUGUCCUUUCUCUGCAUCGCUGUCGGAGUGAUUUGGUUGUUUCUCCUACCCUUGAACGAAUACUCGCGACGAACAUAUAUCUCGGAAAAUGCACUGCUGCCUGGACAAGUGCACACAUAUUUCGGAGGAAGCGAACAGAAUAUCUUCCGCGCCUAUCGUCACGAGGUUGACGAUGUGGUGGACAAGAACAACUACGAGAUCAACAAUAAGCUGGACAAGAUUCUGACAGGUGUCGGACUCAAGGUCGGACGUCAAAACUACACCUAUAACUCAGCCGGCCAUGAAUAUUCGGGACAAAAUCUCUAUGCUAUCCUACAAGCUCCCCGUGGUGAUGCUACUGAGGCCAUUGUCUUGGUAGCUGCAUGGAAGAACGUUGAAGAGCAGCUCAACCGCAACGGCGUGUCUCUCGCUUUGACUCUUGCCCGUUACUUUAAACGCUGGUCCUUAUGGUCCAAGGACAUCAUUCUUGUCUUCCCUCCCGACAGCAAGACCGGUACACAGGCUUGGGUAGAUGCAUACCAUGAUGCUCAUAACCCUGACCUCGUGGCCCCUCUACCUCUCAAGUCUGGUGCCCUCCAAGGUGCUCUUGCUCUUGACUACCCCCAAGAGCAGAAUUUCAAGUCUGUGCAUGUUAUAUACGACGGACCUAAUGGCCAGCUUCCCAAUCUUGAUCUAAUCAACUCGAUUGUCAAUAUCGCCGGCGGCCAGAUGGGUAUCACCACCUCCAUCCAGAAGAUGACACAUCACAGGGGAACCUACCCCGACCGCCUGCAGACUAUGUUGCGUGGUAUGCUUAACCAGGGUCUCGGUUAUGCGGCUGGUGCUCACAGUAGCUUCAUCCCUUACCACGUCGAUGCUGUUACUCUUCAGCCUUACGGCGAGGGAUGGCAUGACGAGAUGGCCAUGGGCCGCGUGGUUGAGGGCUCAUUCCGAAGCUUGAACAACUUGCUUGAGCACCUGCAUCAGAGUUUCUUCUUCUAUCUCUUGAUGCAAACUGAUCGAUUUGUCAGUAUCGGUACUUAUCUUCCUAGUGCCAUGCUGAUCGCCGCCAACUUCACAAUCAUGGCCAUCUCUCUCUGGGUCAAGAGCGGCCAGGCACCAGCAACAGAGAAAUUCAAGGAGAAGGACUCGAAGACAUCUACUGAUGCGGCACAAGCUGGAAGAGAUCUGUUUGUCCCAUUGGGUGUUGUCGCUGUUUGUCAAGGCCUAUCAGCCGUGCCUCUGUAUACUUUCAACCAUCUUCCCGCCAGCUUACUCUCUCCAGCAUUUGCGGGCUUCUCAGUCGUUUCGGCUAUCCUCCCCUUCGCCAUCUCCCGUCUCCUAACACUGGUUACCAAGCCCACCAUCCAGCACUUCCAACUUACAAAAUCGUUCUCUUUACUCGUUCUGGGCAUGUGUCUCUCAACUUUGGCCACCCUCAACUUCUCUCUCGCCUUCCUCAUCGGUGUACUCUCCAGCCCGCUCAGCUUUGUCCAGCCUGUGAAGAACCCGGCCCUGCGAUGGUCCCUGGCUGGACUGCUCAACAUCGUGGCACCCCCUACUAUAGUAUAUGCCGCAGCACAAAUCUGUGAUAUCAGCAUUGCAGACUUGUUAAAGGAGGCAAGUUUUGGGUGGAAUGUUUGGGGCAUGUACACGCCCGUUGUGGUUUGGUGUUUGUGGUGGCCUGCUUGGCUCGUGGGUAUGGUCAACGUUUUUGGAGAGGUUACUGCUUAA